ACUCUCUCCCACACCACACUGCCUCUCAGCGUAUGCGUCGAAUGCACCCGCAGUCAAGCACAUACCGGGACUAGAGUACGUUUACGGGUUAUUAUAGUGAAAGCUAGCGACAGAGGUAGAAGUACACACAGAACACUUAAUUCUCAACAGAUUUCACUGGUGACAUCAAAACAUCGUCGAUAUUCAAAAUGGGGUCGUCUAUGUCGACCCACGAAGAUGGCAAACAUCGACCUUACAACGUCAUCGAUGAACAGGGUGAGAGUUCGGUGAAAACAACCACCCGUCAACCCACCCAGUCUGGGAACGACGUAGUUUUAGACGAGUUCGCAGACAUCGAUGAGAUUCUUAAAGAUUUUGACUUCCCAUUUGAGAACCUUCUUCUCGAAGGCGGCGGCGCCCAGGGAAACGCUUAUAUCGGCCCCAUAAUUGUGAGAAAUGGUGUUAAAAUGUCUAUUGGUGUUAACAUGUUGUCUGCUAAAUUCAUUCACUCCCAUAGGCUUAAUACAGGGGUUACCCGGUUCCAGCAGGCAAUGGGUUCUCAGUUUACUGAGUCAUAUAGAGUACCGAAGCUGUGA